CGAAACUGUGGGGGGCUAAGCGCCUCAGGCCGGGCGCGGGGCAAGCCCCGGGGCACCAUGUGGGAUGCAGAACGUUCGAGCUAGCCGAGCUAGCAACUGCCGAAUAUCUGCAGUGCAUAAUACAUGUGCAAUGUACGUUCUUUCAGUAUUUCUCACUGAAACCGCAAAGCUUUAAGCUUCUGAGCACCGCUGAAAUGGCCGAAUGCGUGCGCGACUUUGCUGACAUACAGUCGGAGAUUGACAAGGUGACAAACGAGAUAAAUGAUGUCGACGCGCAAGUGAGCAAGGUAGAAGCCAAGGUGGAGAAGGCAGAAGCAGAAGUGGAGAAGGCAGAAGCAGAAGUGGAGAAGGCAAGGGCGAUGCGUCGUGAAAUAGCCAAGGAGCUGAAGCACCCAGAUCUCAGCGAGAAGGAGCGGGCGGCGCUGGCUGCGGAGCAGGAGUCGUGCGUUGCGGACUUGACAGCUGCCGAGAAGAAACUGGAGCACCUGCGCAAGGACCUGGAGCAGCUGCGCACAAAGGAGGAGCUGAUGCGCAGGAAGGAAGAGCAGCUGCGCAAGGAGAAGGAGGAGCUGCGCACGGACCUGCGCAAGAAGGAGGAGAGGCUGCAUCAGGACGGAGCCGACAUGAAGAAGAAGCUGUCCCCAUAUGAGAUCAUGGACAAGGUCUACAAGGACGCCACGUACACGGCGCCCGUCCGUGUACACGGCGACCAUAAGCCGGUCACACUGGAGGAAAAGAAGAAAAGCUGACUAGCAGUGGCCGGCAAGGUGGGCAUCGCGGCCCUCCGUCUCUGCGGCCCGGUGCUGGUCCUGCGUGCGGGGCAUCGGCGGCCGGUACACGCCGCCUGUGCUCCUCACCGUCGGGCUUGUCCUGACGGCAAUGUGGGCCAUUGGGCUGUGCGUGUCUAUGGUGGCGGUGCUGUCAGAGAUCCGGGUGUGCCACGGCGCCACCGUGUCCUGCGCAUUGGCAAUCCUAGCAGGCAUGUGUGUGCUAAUCUAUUUGGAUUGGCACAAUUUGCCUUUCCGGGAGGCUGCGUGGCGGGUGCUGGACGCUGCCAGCUAUGCUUACACGUUGUUGAAGAACGAGGUGCGCUGCAUUGCGAAGGACAUCGCAUUAGAUGCUUGUUGCUGAGAGGAAGCUGCUGGAGGAGGAGGAUGGCCAGGAGACAGAUCGUGUGGGAGAGGGGCACUCGCGGCCGUCAAGGUUGUCAGGCCUGAGUGCCGUAAGUGAGCCCGAGUGUUGUUUUGUCAUGCUUUGGACGAGCUCGCUGCUCUCAUAACGGGCCAGCGCCUCGCAUCUACUCCUGUGGCUUAGUGCUUAGUUGUGAGGCUCCCCGCCCGCGUCCAUGACUAGUGCAAGUUGGGGCUGAUGGAGGACACCACUGCUGUAAGCUAUGCUCGAGCAUCUUGGUUGCGCCUUUGCAGCAUUCCCCUUUGGUACCGGUUUACUGGUCAGCCGAACCGGGUCUAAGCCACAGCGAGGUAGCAGGGAUGUAAGUGCGUGGCAGCCCUGAGCAGGUAUGAGGCAUGGAGCAGAUGUGAGGCGUUCAGGGAUCAUGUUGAUCACGUCUGCCUGGACCAAUGGCCAUGGCUUCCAUUUGGCUGCACUUGCUCUAGCAUGUUGAGAUGAUUACGGCGGGUCGGCGGCCCGCCCCAGGGAGGGCGGGGGAUGGGUGGGAUGCCAGGCACAAAGCGCCCAGGCACUGUUAUCCGGGUCUUGAAAGACCCCGU